UAUAACAAUAAUAACAAUUCAUUUUCUUUCUUUUUUUUUUUUUUUCUGGUCUAGCAUCAAAUCUAAUCUUGCAUCGGGUGAAUUGCGCCCCACCUCUAUCAAUCUUCAGUCUCUGCCAAAUUCUGGUGGAAGAUCGACGAUCUUCUCCUCCGAUCCAAAUAGUUUAGAAACUAAAAAGCGAAAGCUUUCCUUUUCCCCCAGCAGCAAUAAUAAGAAAUACAAACAAAAACAAGCCAAAGGCGAAUAACUUGGGUUUUAGAUUGAAUUCUCGUCAUACAUGGAUCCGCCAAGCUCUUGGGACUCUCUGCGGAAACAGGCAAGGAAGCUGGAAGCACAAUUGGAUGAGCAGAUGCAUUUGUAUCGUAAAUUAGUUGCUACAAAGAUUGAUAGCACUAGUGACAGUGAUCUUGAAUCUGGAAUAGAUCAAUUGCUCAAACAUCUUCAUCAAGUGAAUUUGCAAAUGCAAGCUUGGGUUUCAUCAGGAGGAUCAGAAAUAUUUUCUCAUACAUUAACUCGACAUCAAGAAAUUCUUCAAGAUCUUACUCAGGAGUUUAACCGGCUGCGCUCCAGUCACAGAGCUAAGAAAGAGCAUGCUUCAUUGCUAGAGGAUUUCAGGGAGUUUGAUCGGACAAGAUUAGACUUGGAAGAUGGUGGUGGUUCUUAUGAGCAAGCCCUACUAAAGGAGCGUGCAUCUGUUACUAGGAGUACAGGGCAGAUGGACACCGUCAUCUCUCAAGCUCAAGAAACCCUUAAAACUCUCAUGUUUCAACGGUCUACAUUUGGGGGCAUUAACUCAAAGCUUAGUAAUAUUGGCAGCCGCCUUCCAACAGUCAACCAUAUACUUUCAGCCAUUAAGAAGAAAAAGUCGAUGGAUACCAUCAUCCUCUCAUUAGUUGCCGCUGUCUGCACGUUUUUAAUCCUGAUUUAUUGGUUAACAAAAUAGCAAGCAAUCUGCUUUCUCAUUCGGGUGCCUUGUAGCAUGUUUUUCAGUAUAUUGUAUUGAUUGUACAUGCCGUCUGGUUUGUCAAUAAAUUUUUUGCAGGGUGUGUUAGUAUAAUUAUAUGCAAUGGCUAUUAACUUGAGACCC